AUGGUGAUUUUGUGUACCAGUUACUUUCCGGCUUCAUGUCUGACCUACCUACGGCUCGUCGUCGCUGGCUGCAGUAUCGUCGGCAUCGGUCGCGGCCGCGUCAUCGUCCGUCGCAACAUCAACAUCGGUUGCGACGUCAACAUCGGUCGCGACGUCAACAUCGGUCGCGACGUCAACAUCGGUCGCGACGUCAACAUCGGUCGCGACGUCAACAUCGGUCGCGACGUCAACAUCGGUCGCGACGUCAACAUCGGUCGCGACGUCGGCAUCAAUGAACCUGUCAAAUUCGAGUUCACCAUCUUUGCCGAAGAUGCCAGCAGCGAUGGCGUGAAAUUCCGGACACGUUCUCGCAUGGUGAUCCAAGGCCUCGGCGACCUUGUUUUUACCCUGAGAGUUGGCCCGUUUCUCAAGGUCGGCGACCUGCCGUUGGAGUGUUUUGCACGGUCGGGUGGUGAGGGACUCGACAUCUCUGAUCCUGGUGUUCAGUUUAUCGAGGGCAGGGUCAUUUCCAAUGGCUGGGUUGUUACCGCCAUGGUUGGCCUGGUCGUCAUCGGAUUCAUUAGUCUGCUAAAGUUACGCAAGUUCUGGUCUGGAUUCAUGAAACAGAUCCGCCAUCGUGGGCGCUACAGCAGCAUCCCUGAAGGCCCAAUACCUUUCACUGCUUUCAGCCGUCUCGCCUGUGCCCGGAGGCGGCCCACUCCCACGAAGCUUGACCCUGCCAAGCAGCAAACAGACGAUCUCCCGAAGCCAAUGUGGGUAGUUGGAGACGACGAGACACAAGAGUUUGGCAAGGGUCCGGGUGGAUAG